AUGUCUUCUCUGACAAAACCGGAACACUUAAUGCAAUUUCGUGAAUGUUCGAUUAAUAGUAAAACCUACGGACAUAAUGGAUGGGCCGGUAAAACCGAUGCCGAAAAAGAAAAGAAGUAUUGCGAGGGCAAUGAACAGACGCCAGAAACAAUAGGCAAGACCCAGAAGACAUAUGGCGAUCUUAUAUCACUGAAAACGAGAAAGGUCUUUGCACCCAAAUAUGCAAGUACGGAUCCAAGCAUCUUGACUUUUGUCGAUCCAGAGCUCUUCAAAGAUCUACAACGUGUGAGGAACAAGGACAACGGCUUGGGGAAAGUAACAGAAAAAAGAAUUUUUUACGCUCUCGGAGUUAACAAUAUCCAUAUAACUUCAGUUCAGGAUACACCAGCCUCACCUCCCAGCUCCCCAUCUCCCGGUUCCAAAUCGUCGGGUCGCGAUUUGAUGCACUAUCUGGAUUCACCGGUUCAUGAAAAAAUCGAUUUAAACGAUUUAGAAAAUACGUUAUUUAGGGAGAAAAAAAAAUCAAAAAAUUGA